GGUGAGAGGAAAUCUCGGAGCGACUGUUACCAAACCAGGGACGGACAUGAAUGUUUGUUGAUAACAUUGUUACCGUGGAUUAAUCAACAUCCGAGAAGCAGAUAACUAACACGAAGUAUGGAGCAAACAGAACUUGGUAUCCUGAUAACAUUGACACUACUGGCGGUGUGGAGAUUCCCUGCUGCAGGUGUGGGUAUCUGCAGUAACGGGAACACAGCAGAUAACGACAUCACCUUGAAUCUGUCCACGGCGGUUUCCGGCGAAGUGUGUUGCUGCAGUUACACAGUAGCCAUGGAUACACAAUGCACAAAUCUCUCAUCUUUCAUAGAAUACGACUGUAGCAUCAAUGUCUCUUUAGAAUAUCCCCCAAUUCCUGCAUGUGGAGCUGUAGGUAGCUGGUCAAGUGGUUGUGUCACGGACACGAACAAAGACUACUCAAUAUGUGUCAGUCGUACUACCAGUGGACCCGUCCAGCUGGGAAAUAUACGUCUCAAAAGUGAAGCUCUGGUGAACCUCACAUGCAAUUACAGUGAACCUCAGAGGACAAGCGCUCCUCCUGCAACGGCAACACCGGAGGACAAUACAUUGACAGAUGGGGCUAUCAUUGGGAUCGUGGUUGCUGUAUCGGUCGUCAUCGUCGCCGUCGUCUGUUUAGUAUUAGCGCGAGUAAAGCUGAAGGCUAAAAACCAGGACAGGGACAACAUCAGCACCAUCCACGCCGACAGUCUGUUCGGCGACGAUGGCAAUGACGUCAUAAUGCCUACAACCACUCAUGCCAAACGUGGGGCAGAUAACUCCGGGUACUACCAGGGCGCUGCCGCCAAAAAGACUGGUGUCCGAGUACCCAAGAAGCAACUACUACGGGUAGAUACCUACUUGGAAGACCAAAACGGAAAGUCGCCAUUCGGUCAAGUACCGAAAACGUCCAAGACGAACAAAGAAGAGGCCAACUUUGUUUAUUAGUAAAGAAUGCGUGAAAUUACACAAAGAAGCAGCAACUAUGAUGUGCCAUAGCACCUUCUUGGGGUGUAUCGGUGAUAUAUUAGUGUAUAGGAAGUUCCUUAAUAUGCUUGAUAUCUGCAAUUGGUAAAUGCGUUUACGCGCGGCAGCCACAUACACCGCGCCUUAUUCAUUGAGGGACUACCACGUAGUAUCCUGGGUAAGGUUGGGAGAUUUGUUGGAAACAUUGUUGAGGUCACUGCUUCAAGAAACACAAUGUUUCUGUAAAGAAAGAAACGGAAUAUCUUUUUCACAACCCAUUUGUAACAUACAGGAUAUCUAACACGCAAAAUGUAUUUUUCACAAGUUUUUUACUUAA